AUGGAUCAGUACCAGCGAUCUUAUAGUGUGCCUUCCUCAUCUCACUCUAACAACCACCAACCAGGCUUAACAUCCCUCACAUCACAACGCAGCCUCAUCUCAAUUCCUUCACUCAACAACUCCAAAUCUCACCACAAUAACACUUCCAUCACCAGCAACAACCACUACUGCCUCACAACCCUCAAAGGCCACACCUCCUACAUAUCCUCCUUAACCCUUUCUGGCAAAUUCCUCUACACAGGUUCUUCGGACAGAGAAAUCAGAUCCUGGAACCGCACCCCGUUUCUUUCUGAAUCACCAAACUCAACCUAUAACAUAGUUGUUGCUGGCGAAGGUGCUGUGAAGUCCUUGGUAAUUCAAUCUGAUAAACUUUUCAGCGCCCACCAAGACCACAAAAUUCGGGUUUGGAAAAUUACUAACAGUAACCACCAACCUGAACAACAAAAAUACACCCAUUUAGCCACACUCCCUACCCUUGGUGACCGUGCCUCCAAGGUGUUGAUCCCCAAGAACCAUGUCCAAAUCCGAAGGCACAAGAAAUGCACGUGGGUUCAUCACGUGGACACAGUUUCUUCCCUUGCCUUGUCCCAAGAUGGUACCUUGUUGUACUCAGUUUCAUGGGACAGGACAAUCAAAAUCUGGAGAACAAAAGACUUCACAUGUUUGGAAUCAGUUACCAACGCACAUGAAGAUGCCAUAAACGCAGUUGUAGUUUCCUAUGAUGGGGUCGUUUACACCGGAUCAGCGGAUAAGAGAAUCAAGGUGUGGAAAAAAAAUCAAGGAGAAAAAAAACACACCCUUUUGGACACCUUGGAGAAACACAACUCUGGAAUCAAUGCCUUGGCGCUGAGCAGUGAUGAGACCCUUUUGUAUUCUGGUGCAUGUGAUAGGUCUAUAUUGGUUUGGGAGAAGGAAGAAGGGGGUGAUGGGAAAAUGGGGGUGGUGGGUGCGUUAAGGGGCCACACAAAGUCCAUAUUGUGUUUGGCUGUUGUGGCGGAUUUGGUGUGUAGUGGUUCUGCCGAUACAACAAUCCGAAUUUGGAGAGGGGUUUAUAGAGAAGAAUAUUCUUGUUUAGCUGUUUUAGAAGGGCAUAAAGGUUCAAUUAAGUGCCUAACUGCAGUGGUUGACCAUUGGAACACAUCAGAGUCCCAAGCAUCUUUCUUAGUCUAUAGCGGCAGUUUGGACUGCGACAUUAAGGUUUGGCAGAUUUUAGUUCCUGCUAGCUAAAUUAUUGGACAGUUUUUUUUUCUUUCUUUUCAUUUUGCACUUUGAAGGGAAGAUAUUGUGGGCAAUUUCUUUUUCUUCUACAGCUG